AUGAUUUCAUCUAUUCUUCCAUCUAGGACUUGGAAAGAAGGGGAGUUCAUCAUAUCUGAUGAUUCCUUUGAACAUCAAGUCUGGCACGAGGGCUCUAAACUCCUUUUGAUCUUGAUCGUGGACUUCUGGCAUCCUGAAUUGGCGGAAGAGCAGAGGAGACGACUAUCAUCCAUUUAAUUCAUUAAAGCUGCACUGUUAUGUAGCACAACUUUCCAGUGCGUGAACUUUCUUUGACCAAGCAUUACACUCCUAGCAGACAGUAAUGUCUGUUGUGGGCGUGGUUAAAUCUCUUUGAUGUAUCUGGUUUACUAUCGGCUUCCAAUUACACAUUGGGUAGUAUGUCUCCUGGUAUUUUCUCGAAUGUGCUCGAUAACCCGAGUAAUGUAAACAACACGUCAUAAGUCUUUUCUGGAAGCGUCUUACGCUACAUGUAUAUAAGGGAUUGACAGAUACGG